ACCAGCAAGUACCGCAGUACUGUCGACAGUGUGACCUGUUGCCCAUGGGUAGCAAUGCCAAUCUCGUCAGUCCGAGGUCGCAUCAUUGAUCAUGACCGCCCGCGACGCUUCGGCGGCGUGGCAGCGCUUGGCAAUCUGGGGCAGCGUUUUGCGUGUGAUCAGCUGGCCGGUCGUCGUCCGGGGCGCGGCCGCUGCGGCUGGCGGCGCGUUCGAGCGUUGCAGCAACGCGCAUGCGCAGCAGUUGAAGAACAUGAUGCAGCCGGCCGAAAUCCAAUUGAUCAGCCAACUGAUCAACCAGACGGGCGCGUCGAGUUACUUCGAGUGGGGCACGGGCGGGUCCACCGACAGCUUCCCGCGUGCGCUGCCGCGGGGGGGGCGCGCCGUCGCCGUGGAGAACUUCCCCGCGUGGUGUAGCCGCGUGCGCGCGGCGCCGUUCGCCAGCUGCGCGAUCGCGGCGGGCGCCCUCGAGUACCGGUGCCUCGCACCCGAGAAUGAGACGGUCGGCGGCGCCGGCUACCCCGCAGCGUGGCUGCGCAACCACUCCGACGCGGCGAGCACCCGGGCCUUCGGGUCCUACAUCGACGCGAUCGGCAAGGACGCACCGCCGGGUGGGUGGGAUGCGGUCCUCGUCGACGGUCGCUUCCGCGUCGCGUGCCUGCUCGAGGCUCUCAAGUUCACGACACCCAACGCGACUAUUUUCCUCCACGAUGCGAGCCGCUUCGUCGCGCUGGACUCGGCGCGCCUCGAGGCCAAGUACGCACAACUGCGCGCUCCAGCGGACCAUGAGGAGCUCGUCCGCCUCCACAGGACCCACUUUACCAUCGAGAAGUACUAUGAGGUCGCAGCGCGCGCGGGCAACCUGGUCCAGCUACGGCGGCGCAGCGGCGCGCCCGGCGCCGCCGAUGCUGCCGACGUCACGACGUAUCGGCGCGACCCCCACCGGCGGAGAGCUUAACGUGUACUGUGUCCCAGGAUAAAUUCAUGAAUGACCAC